GCCCUGGCGCCGGCCGCGCCCCUCCCGGCACCGCCCCCCCGCAGUCGGGGCGCGGCCGCCGCCCCGCACGGACGGGCUCGCUCCGCGCUCCGCCAUGGCCGAUUCCGCCGCGCAGUCCUCGCUCGUCUCCUCCAGCUCCUCUUCCACCUCCGUGACCUCCUCCUCCUCCUCCUCCUCAUCCUCCACGCGGGCCCUGGUCGGCGGUUCCAUGUCGUGCGCCGAUCCCCCCAAUUCUUCCUCUUCUUCCUCCUCCUCUUCCUCCUCCCAGCCCGUUUCUCUCUUUGCGGCUCCACCAGCAGCGGCACCGGGAGGGCGCGACCGGGGGGCGUCCCCGGGGGGGGGCGGCGCGCAGAGCCCCCCGGAGUCGCCGGAGUCGCCGUUCGAGGUGGUCCCGGACCGAGCCGCCUUCGACCGCGAGUUCGGCCCCGCGCUCGCCCAGAUCCCCGAGGGCCGCGUGUGCCACUUCCCGCCCAAGCCCCGCGGCGUCCCCGGUGUCCCCGGAGGUGUCCCCGGUGGCGGCCCCGGUGGCGGCCCCGGGCGGGGGCUGGCCCGGCCUCCCCCCGGCUCGGCGGCGGCGCUGGAGGAGGUGUCGCGCUGCGUGCGGGAGAUGCACAGCUUCACCAGCGAGCUGCUCUCCUGGGACCUGGUGGAGCGGCACGGCGGGGACGGCGACGGUGGCGGCGGGGACGGCGACGGUGGCGGCGGGGACAGCCGCGGGGGCGGCGGGGACAGCGAUGGCGGCGGCGCUAACGGCGUGGCUGGCGCUGGGAGCGGCGUUAACGGCGUUGGGAACGGUGUCACCGGCAUCGGGAAUGGUGUCACCGGUGUCACCGGCAUCGGGAGUGGUGUCACUGGUGUCACCGGCAUCGGGAAUGGUGUCACCGGUGUCACCGGCAUCGGGAAUGGUGUCACUGGUGUCACCGGCAUUGGGAGUGGUGUCACCGGCAUCGGGAGUGGUGUCACCGGUGUCACCGGUGUCACCGGCAUUGGGAGCGGUGUCACUGAUGUCAUCGGCAUUGGAAACGGUGUCACCGGUGUCACCACGAUGGGGAAAGGUGUCACCGGUGUCACCGGCACCGGGAGUGGCAUCACCGGUGUCACCAGCAUUGGGAAUGGCGUCACCGGUGUCACUGCCGUGGGGAACGGCGUCGCUGGUGUUGGCAAUGGCCUCGGGAGAGGCCUCGGUGGCCUCGGGAAUGGCGCGAGCGGUGUCACCGCUGUCCCCGCCAUCAAGAGUGACGUCACUGCCGCUGGCAAUGGCCUCGCUGGCGCUGGCAGUGUCCCCAGCGGUGUCCCCGGCGUAGGGAGCGGCGUCUCCGCUGUCCCCGGAGGUGGCACCGGUGUCACCGCCGUCCCCGCCGACGCCGACAGCUCCGGUGACUCUGACGACACCGUCAUCGAGGAGGCGCCGGGCGAGGCCCCCCCUGCUGUCCCCACGGAUGUCCCCAGGGCUGUCCCCGCUGUCCCCAGGGCUUCGGUGCAGGACCUGCUGUUCUGGCGGGACGUGAAGAAGAGCGCGGUGGCCUUCGGCGCCAGCCUGGUGCUGCUGCUGUCCCUGGCCACGCUCAGCGCCGUCACCGUGGUGGCACACGUGGCGCUGGCCCUGCUCUCGGUCACCAUCAGCCUCCGUGUCUACAAGGCCGUGGUGCAGGCCCUGCAGAAAUCCGAGGAGGGGCACCCCUUCAAGUGA